AUGUAUGGUUCUGGAUAUGAUCAAUCCAGUAGUGACUACAAAAUUGUUAGAAUUGUGGAAUUUGUAAAUGGUGAAAGGGGUUCGAAAGUGAAGCUUUACAGUCUGAAAUCCAACUUAUGGAAGAAGAUUCAAAGCUUCCCUUACACAGGGAAUUCAUCUCAUUUUUAUUCACUUGCCGUUCCUCUAAAUAGUGCUCUACAUUGGCUCGUGACAGAUAAUUCACAUUCCCAGAGUGUAAGAGUUGUUGCUCUUGAUCUCUCAAAAGAAACUUUCAACGAGUUUUCCACCCCGUUUGCUGAUGUCGAAGACGGAAUUGGUUUGGAGGUGUUGGGAGUCUGGAAAAUGAAGGAAUAUGGAGUGGCUGAAUCUUGGGUUCAUUUCUAUACUGUUGAGUGGAAGGUUGUGAAAAAAGCGUUUGAGUAUUGCACAACUUUGGUCUUAUCAAAGACUGGUGAAAGGGUUCUUUUGCAUAACGACUCUGAUUUGACCAAGGGUUUCCUUUUCUGGUAUGAUUUCGAGACAAACACUGGAAAAGUGGUUAGAAUUCCUGGUUCGCCCAGCCACUUUAGGGCAGCUAUCUGUGUAGCCAACCUUGGUCUCCUUGUUGAUCCAGUGACUUUUGCAAGGCAGCAACAAGUCCUUCCUGUAAAGAGGAAAUAUUCAAGCAGGCAAAUUUUGUAA